UAGAUAAAAGCGCCAGAGAUUCACGUGCUCUUCCUUUUCAAGUGAACGCUGAAGUCGCGAAAGUACCAUGUCUAGCGGUUCUGCUGACUACAACAGCUCACGAGAUCGAGACCAUGGAGGGCCUGAAGGAAUGGAGCCUGAUGGUAUCAUCGAGAGCAACUGGAAUGAGAUUACAGACAAUUUUGAUGAUAUGAACUUGAAGGAAACUCUCCUUCGUGGAAUUUAUGCCUAUGGUUUUGAGAAACCCUCUGCAAUCCAGCAGAGAGCUAUAAUUCCUUGCAUAAAAGGUUAUGAUGUUAUCGCUCAGGCCCAGUCGGGAACUGGAAAAACGGCCACAUUUGCCAUUUCCAUCCUGCAGCAUCUGGAGAUUGAUCAGAAAGAAACUCAGGCUCUGGUCUUGGCACCAACCCGAGAGCUUGCUCAGCAGAUUCAGAAGGUUAUUCUGGCCUUGGGUGACUACAUGGGUGCUUCUUGCCAUGCUUGCAUUGGAGGAACCAAUGUGCGGAACGAAAUGCAAAAACUGCAGGCCGAAGCUCCGCACAUUGUCGUCGGCACACCUGGUCGUGUGUUUGACAUGCUAAACAGGAGGUACCUGUCUCCCAAAUGGAUCAAGAUGUUUGUCCUUGAUGAAGCUGAUGAAAUGCUGAGCCGUGGAUUCAAGGAUCAAAUUUAUGAGAUUUUCCAAAAAUUAAGCACAAACAUUCAAGUUGUGCUGCUUUCGGCCACCAUGCCUGCCGACGUGUUGGAGGUGACCACCAAAUUUAUGCGUGAACCCAUUCGCAUCCUGGUGAAAAAGGAGGAGCUGACUUUGGAGGGUAUCAAGCAGUUUUACAUAAAUGUGGAACGAGAGGAGUGGAAAUUGGACACACUUUGUGACCUCUACGAGACCCUUACAAUAACCCAGGCUGUUAUCUUCUUGAACACAAGGAGAAAGGUCGACUGGCUGACUGAGAAGAUGCAUGCAAGAGAUUUUACUGUGUCUGCUCUGCAUGGAGACAUGGACCAGAAGGAGCGAGACGUGAUCAUGAGAGAGUUUAGGUCUGGUUCCAGCAGAGUUCUCAUAACCACAGAUUUGUUGGCACGUGGAAUUGAUGUGCAACAAGUUUCACUUGUCAUCAAUUAUGACUUGCCUACAAAUCGAGAGAACUAUAUCCAUAGGAUUGGCCGUGGGGGUCGGUUUGGCAGAAAAGGUGUUGCCAUCAAUUUUGUGACUGAAGAAGACAAAAGGAUUCUUCGAGACAUUGAGACGUUUUACAACACAACUGUUGAGGAGAUGCCCAUGAAUGUUGCCGACCUGAUUUAAACUUCUGAGAUUUUUACACGGGGAUAGCCGUUGUAUGAUCCAUACCAUUUGUGCUUAUUUUAUUGGAAGGGAGGAAAAAACUACUCCCCUAAAUGCUGACCUCGGAUCUGACUUGGGAAAUCAAUACGUGACUGUGUGGACUGUUGUAGACUCCAACCGUAUCACUAUUUUGCUGGUGGUGGCUACAAAACAUGGGUUCUUUACAUAUAUUCUUUAUCAGGUAUUUCACUAGUUUGUACAAAAUGUGUGUCUUCGAUGUUCUUCAUCGUUUAGUAAUUUACUUGUGGACUAAACGAUACAAGUGCUGCAUCAAGUCUGCCAAUUAUGUUAUGCUAACGUAUGUGUGUAGUUUAACUUGGUUCACUUCACCCAUUUUUCCGUAAGAUAAAGGCACUUUUUUGUUUGUGGAAUGUGCUAAUUUAAUUGUAAAUUGUUAUUUAAAGUAAUUUCAAGUGAAAUCUUCAAAGUUGGCUCUUAACUUAAACGUUCCAGCUUUGGGCCCAUUUGACAGAGGAUUGUGUCUUGUGUCUUUGAUACAGAGUUGAUCUUUUGGUAGAGCAGGCCACUAGCAACACCCAAGGUCAUGAAAAUGUAUAUUUUAAAUGUGUUUCCUUUGUAUAGAAGUGUCUGCUAAAUGUUUAAAUUUACAUAUUAAAUAGUUGAAUAUGGUCCAUAUAAAUUAAAAGAGAGAUUUAUUUAUAUUAUAAUUGUAGAUUCAGUACAAUAAUGUGUGUGUGUGUGUGUGUGUGGAAUAAUCAGCACCCAUUUCCCAAAUGACCAUAUAGGAAUUGACACCUUUUAGUGUUCCUGGUCAAAUACAUUUUUCAAUUUGCACAGAUUUGGUAUUUCUCUUUUCCCUCUGUUUUUGAGUGAAAAAGCAUUGUGAUAAUUUUGGCAGUAUUAAAUUAAAUAUGAAAAUGUACUGGGCUGAACAUUCUCACCCUGAAAUGCAUCGAACGUUCAUCCAUCGAACAUUGCCCCCACAGUAAUCCCUCUCCAAUAGAAUUGUGGUAUUCCUGACAAAGAUGACCAACAAUUGAAAAUGAUUGGGGAAGAUCACACACAACAGGACUUGUUUUUUUUUUUCUUAAAAGGGGCACCAAGUAACACUUGUGUUUCCUGUUAAAUCUGACCUUUGUGAUAGAAAACUGGCUUCAGCUCAUUGACAUUGUCAUACAAAGAACAUAUCAUGGAACAAAAAUACCAACACUUAAUAUUUCUGUUAUAUUUUCUAAUCUGUUUCUGUAUGCAAACAUGUGAACCUGAACCAUGAACAAUCAGGAUUUCCCCCCAUUCAUUUUCAAUGGCUGUUCAAAUGUUUUCAAAAUAAAAGCAUUUAAAAACUUCCUGGUUAAACAUUAAAGCUCGCUAGUGUGAUAUAUCAUAAAGAAUAUUUUCAUUAUUUAUUAUUGCCAAAAUUAUCCACACAUGCUUUUUUUUUUUUUUACAACAAACCGCAUGAGUUCAGGUCAAAGAAGCCUACUAUAAGCUCCAAAAAUAAAUACCAAAACUACUAAUUGAAAGAAAACAAGUUGGCAAAAAAAAAAUGUAUCCAGUAUUUUGUGAUGUAGCAUAAUGAGAGAUUUAUAAGCUUUUUUUUUUUUUUUUGACCGGUCAUGACUGGGAACAUCAAAUUAGGUAAAAAAUUUAAACAGCACAAGGGUUAAUCAAAUGUUAUGUUGACACUCAAUUUGCCUGUUGCCUCAAUUCAUUCAAAUUAAACUCCCAAGUUUUUUAUA